UCUUGUGGUAUUUUGUUUAUUUGUUUGGCCCUUCAGGAAAUACCUUCUCCAGCUAUUCUGUCAUUAAUAGUAGUGAAUGUACUGACGUAUUUGUUUCCCUUUCAGUGGAAUAAAUCAAAAUAGUGUUUGAUGCAUAGGGGCGGGACUGUGCUUGGUCCCUCAGUACCACAGAAAUCGUCCCACAGUUGGAAGGAAACCCUCCAAACCUGUUGGUGCAGGUAUGAGGAGCUUUGACUGACAGACUGAGGUAUGAAGUUUCCUCCUGUAAUGUGAGUGUGUGCCACUGAUUUAAACCGCCGGCUGCGUGUGAUGGUGCAGCGAUACUGACGACUGUCAGACAAACUCCUGGAGGAAUCUGGAGUGAGAAGCACACUGAGCAGAGCCAUUCAACCUGAGGGCUGUCCAUCGGACUCUGGAGCCAGAGAUGCAUCAGGGACGCCUGCGGCUGCGGCCGUGGCUGGAGGAGCAGAUCGAUUCCGGCAGAUACCCUGGAGUCGUGUGGCUGGACCAGUCUGCCAGAGUUUUCCAGAUUCCCUGGAAGCAUGCGGCCCGGCACGGCUGGAAUAUCGAGAAGGACGCGACUCUGUUUCGAAACUGGGCGAUCCACACAGGGCGAUUCAAACCCGGCACAGACAAACCCGAUCCCAAGACGUGGAAAGCAAACUUCCGAUGUGCGCUCAACUCCCUGACAGACGUCAAAGAGCUUCAGGACAAGAGCAUCAAGAAAGGCCACAAUGCUUUCAGAGUUUAUAUUCUCCUUCCACACAGCAAAACAGUCAAAAGACGCAAAGCUUCGAGGUGUUUGGAUACCGACAGUAAAGCAGCAACACCUCCACAAACACAAAGGAACAUACCACUGGAGAGAUUUACUACCUUCCCCACUAUAAUGGAGAUGUCAUAUCUUUCCCGUAUGGAUACAGAGGCCUUCUGGAAGCUCACAGAUGACCGAGGCAGUGCCACGGCUGAAGCCAAAUGUGUGGAGGAGGAGAGACCAGUCAUCACCUUCUCACAGGGACUGCAGCUGAACAAAACAGAUGAGCACGAGCAAACAGAAGCUGUGCUGAAGAUCGUGGACCACCUGAAGAACCUGGAGCACUGGAGUCCCUCGUACGAGAGCGACAGGGGCUGGAGGCCCAACUCCAUGUGGAUGGGAUGCUUGUGCGAGACGAUGGAGUUUUCCGGUCACUCCUUCCGGACUGACUGUAACAUUCACAAUACCUCGUCAGGUCAAUACGACUAGACCAACUAAACCAGCAGGUUCAUACUACUUCAUUUGUAUGUGUAUUUUUUGCAGUGCAACUGAAGAAAAAGCAUAGUAAUGGACAUGUUAAUGAGUGGACAGUGAAACUGUGCCUGAAUGAUUUUGAGUUGUAAUAAAUUAUGAUAAAUUAUGCAAAAUGACAGUUUCUUGGUCACUAAAGAAGACAUCAGCUAUUUUUAUUUUAUUUGUUCGCCAAAUCUUUUAAUAAAUCUUGAGUUUAUGCUUUGGAUUAAA